AUGUUUCGCUUCAACAAAGGGCUCGACAUCGUCACCGUCUUCCACAAGGCCAGCUCCCCGGCGUCCGUUAGAGUCACCAAUCUAGUCAAGCAGGUCUCGGCCAACGCGCAGGCCGGUGCCACCCUCGAUCAAGCCAGCGACCACUCCGUUCAGACCGAGCCCGGCCGUGAGCCCUUUGAGCUCAACAUUACCGAGGACCCCCCCACCACCGACCAGGUACAGACCAUCUUGGGCUACGUUGGAUCUGGCGGCAUUGCAAAGGUUAUAAAGGGUGCACGCGACGAGAAGGACGCCCUGAAGCGAUUCAAGGAGAGCAAGGAAAACUUCCUCAGACCCCUAACUGUCGACUGGAACAAAGGCAAGGCCAUUGCCGGUGACAACGAAUCUGAAAUACUCAAAAUUCUCAACGCCAAGAAGAGCGACUAG